CCGGGCGCGAGCGGAGCGGGAGCGCGGACGGGCGGUGGCAGUUCCAGGCUGACCAGUUCACGGCAUCGUGGACAGGCCUCCCUUGCCCUGGGCCACCCCUGCCUUCCCAGCCCUGCUGACUCUGAUGUGGCUUCUCCCAGCCCAGCGGUGCCCGGCUCGAGAUGGGGUCCCAGGUGUCGGCGGACACAGGCGCGCUGCACGUGGUGAUCGUGGGCGGGGGCUUUGGCGGCAUUGCGGCGGCCAGCCAGCUGCAGGCAUUGAACAUCCCCUUUAUGCUGGUGGACAUGAAGGACUCCUUCCAUCACAACGUGGCAGCUCUGCGGGCCUCGGUGGAGAGUGGGUUUGCCAAAAAGACCUUCAUUUCCUACUCGGUGACCUUCAAGGACAACUUCCGGCAGGGCCAGGUGGUCGGCAUCGACCUGAAGAACCACACCGUGCUGUUGCAGGGCGGCGAGGCCCUGCCUUUCUCACAUCUCAUCCUGGCCACGGGCAGCACCGGACCCUUCCCUGGCAAGUUCAAUAAAGUAGCCUCCCAGCAGGCUGCCAUCCAGGCCUAUGAGGACAUGGUGAAGCAGGUCCAGCGCUCCCAGUUCAUCGUGGUGGUGGGAGGCGGCUCUGCGGGAGUGGAGAUGGCGGCGGAGAUUAAGACAGACUACCCCGACAAGGAGGUCACCCUCAUUCACUCCCAAGUGCCCUUGGCUGACAAGGAGCUCCUGCCCUGCGUCCGGCAGGAAGUGAAGGAGAUCCUCCUCCGGAAGGGCGUGCAGCUGCUGCUGAGCGAGCGGGUGACUAACCUGGAGGAGCUGGUCCUCAAUGAGUACCAGGAGUAUAUCAAGGUGCAGACUGACAAGGGCACCGAAGUGGCCACCAACCUGGUUAUUCUCUGCAACGGGAUCAAGAUCAACAGCGCUGCCUACUGCAGUGCCUUUGAGAACAAACUGGCCAGCAACGGUGCCCUGAGGGUGAACGAGUUCCUGCAGGUGGAGGGCCACAGCAACGUCUACGCCAUCGGCGACUGCGCCGACGUGAAGGAGCCCAAGAUGGCCUACCAUGCCGGCCUGCACGCCAGCGUGGUCGUGGCCAACAUCGUCAACUCCACGAAGCAGAGGCCCCUCAAAACUUACAAGCCAGGGGCACUGACAUUCCUCCUGUCCAUGGGCAGAAAUGACGGCGUGGGACAGAUCAGCGGCUUUUACGUGGGCCGGCUCAUGGUCAGGCUGGCCAAGAGCAGGGACCUGUUCAUCUCCACAAGCUGGAAAACCAUGCGGCAGUCUCCACCGUGAUGGGGAUGCCACGCAGGAGACGUGGCACCACUGCAGAUGGGUGACAGACUGACAAAAGUCACCUUCCUGACGCGUGCCAAGGGCAAAAGUUCUUUAUUUGGAGGAAGAUGCCAAUGAUGUGUUAUCUGGAAAUAUAGCUUGUGUAAAGCCAAAAGUGAGAGACAGAAAGGAGAGGAAGGGAAGUAUUAAAAAGAAAUAUAAAAGCCGGGCGUGGUGAUGCACGCCUUUAAUCCCAGCACUCGGGAGGCAGAGGUAGGAGGAUCGCCGUGAGUUC